UCAGUCUAGGGCUUGUUAAUAAAAGAAUUAUCUUUUAGAAUUUUUUUCAUUUUUCAAAGAAACGCAAAAAUGAAUUCUAAUGAAAGUUUGAUGUCGUAUCUUUGUUUGAGAUCUCUUUUAAUACUCUUCAAUAUUGCAUUUUGGUUAUCCGGUUUAUCGCUAAUAUGGAUAGGAGUUUGGCUGCAAACCGAUUUUGAAAAUUAUUUGAUAAUCAGCGCAAACUAUUCUGAACAAGUCUAUGGCAUAUUAAUAGUUAUGGGUGCGACUAUCAUUUUCGUGACUUCUUUAGCCUGUUCUUGCAUUGUCAAAAUACAAUCAAUGCUGGUUAUUAACGGGGGUAUUUUGAUAACAAUGUUGUUUUCAUUACUUUCAUUAUCGAUUUAUAUUUAUACAUAUAAAAACCAAGUGAUAAAUGGUAUAACUGAUGGCAUUUCGAAUGAGAUCAACAACUACAACUUUAGUAAUUCAACAAAUAAUGAUAAUCUUUUGGAUACAGUUCAGAAAAAUUUACAAUGCUGCGGUAAUCAAAGUUUUAUAGACUGGCCACAAGAUGCGAUACCGAAAUCAUGUUUUAAAAACUUGAAACUUUACAACUCUGUACCAAACAUUACAAAUAUUUACGAAACGGGAUGCGCGUACAAAUUAAAAAAUGUUAUAAAUAAAAAUUUCACUGCGAUAGGUUUAACCAUAUCAAUAAUAGCUCUGUUUCCUUUUUUUGGUGCAGUGUUAUCUUUUGGCUUAUCCUUGAUGUGCAACAAAGGCGGUUACGAGAUGAUUGUUUAGACCGCAAAGAAGAGUUUCUUUUUUUUUACUUAUUUAAAAUUACUUUAAUAUUAAAAUUAACUUAAUAUUAUAAUUAAUUUAAUAUUAUUAUUUCUGAGAAAUAUUCAUAUGUUUUUUGUGUCCUUGCAUUGGGUUUGCAAUUGAAAUAUACAAUACUUGUAAACAUGGCGCUUGAAAGUAGGCAA